AUGGCGCCUGCAGCGACGAAGACCACAUGGGAUCACGAAUACAACACCCUGCGCCGAGAGAAGUUGUUUCGCGAGCCACCCAAAGACCACUCGGCCUACCCGCUCUUGCAGCUUGCCGUCAACCCACACAUCGAAUCGUUUGAUGCUAUCUUCGAGCCUGAUGGCCUGUUACAACGGGGUCUCGCCGACAUUGGCACCAGAGUCCUCCUCGAUGGCGACGACAGGACGUCAACAGCCGGCAGGAACCGGUUGAGCAUUAGAUACAAGAGCGUACAGCUCCUCAAAUCUCAAGUCCCGCCAAGCAACAAAUUUGCAAAAAAGCGAGAGAUCCUGCCCGCCGAAUGCAGAGAGAGACAUGCUACGUACCGUGGCAAGCUCUCUGCUACCUUUGAAUACCGAAUCAAUGGUGGCGACCCGCAGGAGUUCACCCGAGAAAUCGGAAACCUUCCCAUCAUGGUCAAGUCCAAAUUCUGCCACUUGAGAAACAACACACCCGCUCAAUUGGUCGCCAACAAGGAGGAAUCAGAAGAGCUGGGCGGUUAUUUUAUCGUGAAUGGAAAUGAGAAGAUCAUUCGUCUUCUCCUCAUGAACAGAAGGAAUUUCCCCCUGGCCAUUGACCGACCAAGUUUCGCGAACCGAGGACCGACCUACACCUCCAAGGGUAUCAUUCUGAGAUCCGUCCGACCAGACGAAACCUCCCAGACAAAUACUCUGCACUACCUGAACGAUGGAAACAUUACCUUUCGAUUUUCAUGGAGAAAGUCCGAGUUCCUCGUGCCCGCCAUGAUGAUUCUCAAGGCUCUGGUGGAAACGAAUGAUCGGGAAAUCUUCGAGGGUCUCGUGGGCUCACCCGACUCAAAGGGAAUCCAGAACACCUUCCUUACGGAUCGAGUCGAGCUCCUGCUGCGGACGUACAAGGCAUAUGGUAUCUACACCAAAGCUCAGACAAGGGCCUAUCUUGGCGAGAAAUUCAGGCCUGUCUUGGGUGUUUCAGAAACUCUCUCAAACUAUGAAGUGGGAACCGAAUUUUUGCGGAAAAUCGUACUUGUCCAUCUUGGAAAUGUACACGUUACCGAGGAACAGGACUCUGACAAGUUCCGCCUCAUUCUUCUCAUGAUCCGCAAGCUCUAUUCAUUGGUGGCGGGCGAUUGUGCCGUUGAUAACCCUGAUGCGGUCCAGAAUCAGGAAAUUCUCCUGGGAGGUUUCCUCUACGGCCAGAUUCUGAAGGAACGCCUGGAUGAGCUCAUUUCUGGCGGGUUGCGUCUGUCGCUACGCGAAUACUGGCGAAGGUUUCCCGGUCGCACGUUUACAUCACAAGAAUUCCAGAACGACUUCCCAGCACGAAUCUUCACAAAGAUGAGCGAGAACAUCGGAAACCUUCUUGAAUACUUCCUGUCUACCGGAAACCUUUCCAGUCCAUCGGGCUUGGAUCUGCAACAAGUAUCCGGCUUCACUGUUGUGGCCGAGAAGCUCAACUUUUUGCGUUUCAUCAGCCACUUCCGCAUGGUUCACAGAGGUAGCUUCUUCGCUCAGCUGAAGACAACCACGGUACGAAAAUUGCUUCCGGAGUCCUGGGGAUUCCUAUGUCCUGUCCACACACCUGAUGGAUCUCCCUGUGGUUUGCUCAACCAUCUUGCCCACAAGUGUAAGAUCAUGACCAGCUCCGUUGAUGCGUCAGCAAUCCCGGCCUUGGCAGCUGAGCUGGGAGUCGUUGACACUUCCUCUGCUGCCACUUCUGAAAGUGUUGUUGUCAUGCUGAAUGGAAAAAUCAUCGGCUGGUGUAAGCCAGCAGAGUCGAGGAGAAUUGCAGACACUUUCCGCCACUGGAAGGUGGAGGGUUCCCAUGGUGUGCCGUUGCACUUGGAGGUUGGUUUUGUCCCAGCAUCGAAUGGUGGAACCUACCCUGGUAUCUUCAUGUCAUCUGAGCCAGCUCGUAUGGUCCGUCCUACCAAGUACCUCCCACUUGAGCAGGAAGACUUUGUCGGCCCGCUCGAACAACCUUACAUGUCGAUUGCCUGUACCGAAUCUGAAGUCGUUUCCGGAGAGUCUACACACGUCGAGUUUGAUCCCACCAACAUUCUAUCCAUUCUGGCCAACAUGACGCCCUUUUCCGACUUCAACCAGUCGCCGAGAAACAUGUACCAGUGCCAGAUGGGUAAGCAAACCAUGGGAACACCAGGCACGUCCCUUCGAUACAGAACAGACAACAAGAUGUACCGCCUCCAGACCGGCCAGACCCCUAUUGUGAGAUCUCCUCUCCACAACGCCUACGGCUUCGACAACUUCCCGAACGGAACCAAUGCUGUAGUAGCUGUCAUCUCGUACACCGGUUACGACAUGGACGACGCCAUGAUUCUGAACAAAUCUGCACAUGAACGAGGAUUCGGUCACGGAACGAUCUACAAAACCAAAAAGAUCACUCUGAAGGAAGAGAAUCGUACCAAGUCCGCCAAGCAUGUAACAAAGCUUUUCGGACAUGCGCCCAACACACUUCAGAAGGGUUGGGAGCGGACACAGCUUGACGAGGAUGGCCUCCCGUUUGUCGGUCGCUGCAUCCAAGAGGGCGACAUUCUCUGCGCAUGGCACACUGUCUCUGCUGAUUACAGCGGCAACCUGGUUAACCGAGAUGGCAUCACCCAUUAUGAAAAGUACAAAGAGACUGAAGUUGCUUUCAUUGAGGAGGUGCGAGUCAUUGGUAGCGAGACAGGCAACGAGCCAAUGCAGACAAUCUCCAUCAAGCUGAGAAUCCCUCGAUCUCCUGUUAUCGGAGACAAGUUCUCAUCUCGUCACGGACAGAAGGGUGUUGCUUCGCAGAAGUGGCCAGCCGUCGACAUGCCCUUCUCGGAGUCAGGAAUCCAGCCUGAUGUCAUCAUUAACCCUCACGCUUUCCCGUCGCGAAUGACCAUUGGUAUGUUUGUCGAGUCCUUGGCCGGCAAAGCCGGUGCUCUUCACGGCUUGGCCCAGGACUCCACGCCUUUCCGAUUCGACGAACAGAACACGGCAGGCGACUACUUUGGGCACCAGCUCAAGAUGGCUGGCUACAACUACCAUGGAAAUGAGCCAUUGUACUCUGGUAUCACUGGUGAGGAACUGGCGGCUGACAUCUACAUUGGUGUUGUCUAUUAUCAACGUCUUCGUCACAUGGUGAACGACAAGUACCAAGUCAGAACAACGGGCCCUGUGGUGCCAACAACGGGCCAGCCCAUUAAGGGAAGAAAGCGUGGUGGUGGUAUCCGUGUGGGAGAGAUGGAACGCGAUGCACUGCUGGCACACGGUACAGCCUUCCUGCUCCAGGACCGCCUGAUGAACUGUUCCGAUUACUCACGCUCGUGGAUAUGCCGCAAGUGUGGUUCGUUCCUCUCGAUGCAGCCCACGGUGUCUCCCUAUGUUGGGAAGAAGAAGACAGUCAGCAGCGUGCGUUGCAGAAACUGUGCCACGCGCAUCGAUGAGCUAGAAGACGCCGAUCUGAGCAAGGUGGCUGGUGAGAUCUGGGAGGAUGGACAGGGCAACCAAUGGGUCGGUGGUGACCAAACCACCUUGGUGGCCGUGCCUGGUGCUUUGAAGUACCUCGAUGUCGAGCUUGCGGCCAUGGGUAUCAAGUUGAAGUACAGGGUCGACCCCAAGGACGCUGCUCGCAAGGGCCCUCUUGUACAGACCACCUGGGAUGCGCUUGAGGCGGCUGGCAAGAAAGCGCAGCCUGCUCUCGAAGCGGCCGCAUAG